CACUCAAUUGAUUCAUUGAAGAGGGACCUGCUCAGAGCAUGGGAAGAAAUAUCUUUGGAGUACCUUCGCGCCACAGUGGACUCCUUCCCCUUACGUCUGAGGGCCGUAACCGAGCCUGUGGAGGGAGUUUCGAGAUCUGAAUUGAGUAUGUGUACUGGCUCAAUAUAA